GACCAGACCUGUGACCAAAUCUAGUUUCAAUGUUCUGAUCAACCUCGUGAAUUUAAGAUUCUGUCGGAACUUCACGCUCGGAGGACACCAAGCCUCCACAACGUCUCUUUAGGCCGUUUCCCGCCCUCAUAUAUAGUUUGUAUGAUGGGGAGGCAACACAAAAUAGAGCAUUUGGCAGUGCACUAUUUGCUCAGGGUUUUAAAGUAACUUCGCACUUCGCAGGGUUUAUGCUGGUUUUUGCUAAGAAUUGUAUGAGCUGAAAGAAGUUGCUGUUGGAAAAUUUUCACAUUCGAGUACCCGAUGGCGAGGCAAUGCAGAGCAUUUAUUAUUGAUGGUCAUGGAUUUGCAACGAAAGUAAGAAAUACAAGAGGACAGAAUUGGAGAAGUGAUGCCAGCAUUGUUUGCCCUAACUGCGACUAUACAAUCGAUAAUACUCAAGUUUCGCCAGACUGGCCUGGGCUACCUGCAGGUGUGAAAUUCGACCCUUCAGAUCAAGAGCUUUUGAGACAUUUAGCAGAAAAAGUUGGAAUUGGUAAUGCAAAGCCUCAUCCAUUUAUAAAAGAAUUUAUUUUGACGCUGGAAGAUGAGAGUGGAAUUUGUUAUACACAUCCUGAAAAUUUGCCAGGAAUUAAACAAGAUGGCAGUAUAACCCACGUUUUCCAUAAAACAAGCAAGGCUUAUACAACAGGACAUCGGAAGUGUCGAAAAAUAACAAGUGAUGCUUCUAGUGGAGGAGAAGUACGUUGGCACAAGACAGGCAAAACAAAGCCUGUAAAGGAAAACGGAAUACAAAAAGGAUGUAAGAAAAUCAUGGUUCUAUAUACUACUGCGAAGGGCUCAAAAGCCUGUAAAACAAAUUGGGUCAUGCAUCAGUACCAUCUCGGUUUAGAUGAAGAUGAGAAAGAUGGUGAAUUUGUUGUAUCGAAGGUCUUUUAUCAACAAGAAUCUAAAUUCGAGAAAAAUGAUCAGGUACAUCAAGAGUAUCCUUCGACUUCCACCAGUAAGGGGGAUCCAGAAACACCGAAUGCGAUCACUCCUCCCCUGCAACCACGAAACACACAUGCUUGCCUGGAUUUCGUCAAGAAAGAGCAAACUCCUCAGGCAGUUUCACCUCAGGCUGCAUAUCUUGAUGCAACAACUCAUCAAGAUUACAAGGGGAAGGAGAUAGAGUAUGACAGAAGUUACUUGGAUGCAACACUGGGUUACUAUCCAUCAUGCUGUGCAGGUGAAUCUCAGUUUUUUGACUCUCAGUUAAUUGACUCUCAGGAGUCUCCUCUUCUUUGUUACGAGAUGUUUGGGAACCAGGCUUGCCAAGGGACUGCUCAAGCUGCGAGCUCCAUGCCUGAUCUCUCUGAAUGUGGUCGAAUUGGGGGCAAUGUAUCUGAACUUCGUCAGAAGGGGAAUUCGAUGUUUCCUAAAAAUCGUUCCAUAGGAAACCACGAGAAAGGAAGCAGCAAUGCAAAUCAGGAACCUGAGAACGAAUACACUCAAAAUGUCGAAGCAAGACAAGUGGACACAUCUGUGGACCCUGUCCUGGCAAAAAUCUUCUUCGACACACCACCCGAUGGGUUAAUUACUUUCUCGAGCUCGCAAGAUACCGAAACUAUACUUAACUGGUUGAAGUCAGAUGAUGAUAUCUAGGUGAGGGUCUUUCUUAUACAGGUUACCGUUCAUGACAAUGGAGUUGUUAAUAUGCACCUAUUCCCAAAAGUUUUUAAACAGAUUCUAUUUAAAUUUUGCAAUGUCACCGGAAGCAGCAAACUGUAAAAAUGGCAUUUUGAUUAAUUUAUGGUCGCAGCAAACUGUGUAUAUGAUAUUGUGCAGUCUAAAUAAGUCAUUUUUGGGUUGAAUUUAUCUGUUUUAAAUUCAUCGCUUAUGCCAAAAAGUUCAUAGGCAAAUUUUGUUUAUAUUUCUAAGUGACAUGGUAUGCAAAACUGGUCAUUAUUUUCGACCAGCAUUUAUGUUACUGUACCUGAAGAUUUCUAUGUAGGCCAUUUUGGAACAUGGUCCUCUGGAAAUAUGUAAGGCCUUUGGACUACUUGAUUAAUAAAGUAUUAUUAUUUGUGCAAAUAUUCUUUGCCAA